GACUUUUGCUGACGGCAGCUUGCAGUUGGCAGUAUAUGUGUGUUUUUUAUAUUUCUCAUCCAGUCAGCUUGCAUAUGAGAGCACAUUAGGAAGUUUAAGGUUAAACCUGGAGACAUCAUGAGACCUCUGCUAAUUCAUUUACUUUUUCAAGGUGUUCUACUGUAUGGUGCUCUUGGAUGGGAUGUUAGAAUGCCAAGUGACAUUCAUGGUCUUCAUGGUUCCUGUCUGGUGAUUCCAUGUUCUUUCAGCUACACAUCAAACCCACCUGAAAACCCACGUAGGAUUUUGUGGUACCAGUGGGUCUCUAGAGGUUAUCCUUUGGUCUGCGAUCCAUGGUAUCCAAAUGAUGUCAUAGACAAGUUCAGAGGAAAAACAUAUUUAUAUGGAAGUUCACAUGGGGAUUGCAGUCUGCGGAUUGAUAAACUAGAUCACUCUCACCAUGGAGAAAAAAUAUUUGCAUGGAUUGACCCUGAAAAUGUUGGAUGGCGCACUUAUGCAUUUUAUGAUGUCACCUCUACAAUCUUUGUUGAUGAUGAUCCACAGUCACCCAGCAUUGAAAUUCAUGGAGGUGACACUUUGGGUGAGAACAUCACAGUAGUAUGUUCGACCUUCCACACGUGUCCAUACAGCAAACCAACAAUCACUCUGAAUGGCAUAGAUGGAGAUGAUCAAGUAAAUGAUGAACAUAUUAAAAACGGCCUGUGGAAAACCUCUCUGAUGCGCAGAGGUGUUGUAGAGACAGAAAACCUUAAUUUGAACUGUUCAGUAACACAUUAUGGGGGCAAAACAACAAGAUCCUCUAUGGACAAAAGUGCCAAAUGUGUUCGUCAAAAAAUAAUGAUUGAGCCUGCAAUUGGAGAUGUCACCGAGUAUGUCCCGCAGAUCUUCACCUGUACCGUCUACCAUUCCUGUCAGAAAGAGAAUCCAACCAUCACAUGGAACUACGGGAACAUGCAGAUCUCAGAGGGGAGAAAAACACUUUCAGGUUUAAAUCAGGCCACCUAUUCCAAAAUAACCUUUGUGGGUACCAUCAAAGACCAUGGAAAGAGAUUGAUUUGCACUGCAAAGUUUUCUGGAGGAACUACCGAAGCUUCUGUCAUUAUACAAGUACAGCAAGAUACAUCAUCACUGACUCCAGAGAUGUCCACACCUGCACUGACUCCAGAGAUGUCCACAGCUGCACUGACUCCAGAGAUGUCCACAGCUGCACUGAGUCCAGAGAUGUCCACAGCUGCACUGACUCCAGAGAUGUCCACAGCUGCACUGAGUCCAGAGUCGUUCACACCUGCACUGACUGACUGAAAUGUUUUAUUUACUGAAAUGUUUUAUUCACUGAAGUGAAAUCACUGCUGUGUGUUGAAUUAUUGUCUGGUGUUGUGUCAGUUUUUGAAACAUGAUAGCAUUUAAUGUGACAGCAGCAGAGUUUGACUUUUAUUAAUGAUUUUAAAUAUAAUUCUUUAUUUGAAAGUUUUUUAUACAUGAAUUGUGUGUGUGUUUCCCUUUCUGCAAUGAAGGAAUAUGGAAGGAUGCAAAUUAUCAUGUGCAUUUGUUUAAUUGUCUUUGUCUUUUUCACAAAGAUGGCGCAAACUGAUUCCAAAGUGCUGAUAAAGAUCAGAGCCUGGCUAAGAUGUGUCUGGACUUUGUGGGUUUUACGAUGUGGUCACAUAUUGAUGAAGCAUUGGAUUGGUCAGUUUGAAUGUCUCAAUAUUUGGGCUUUGGUCACAUGGUCAAGGGAGACACAUAAUUAGAUUGUAUCUUUUGCUCUGUCUUUUUCAUGCUCUGCUCAUUUCUGGUCUGAAGCCCUUUUUCUCUGGCUCUACUCUGGCUCUUGCUUUAGUCUUUACUC